UUUAGUCAUUAAAUAAACAGCUCUCAGUACACUCCAGAAUGCACGGAUCAUAAGAAAACAAGGAGGCGAAGGGAUCUGGCUGGCUGGCUCUGCUCCUGAACGGGCUGGAUAUUAACAGGGCAAAGGCUUUCAGGGUUCAAAUAUGGUCUGGUAGCCGGUUUCCUUUCCAUAGGAAUGGUCCAUUUGUGUGUUCAAUCGAAGCUUUGCUUGCACAAACAAAUCUGAGAGUUGCCGCUCCGGGGACCCUCCAAGGAGCAGGAGAGAAGACCUUGGGGCAUGAGGACAGCCGAGUGUUGGGGAGCAGUCGUACGUGCCUCCUCGCACUCAGAACACACUGGAUAAGGGAAGCACCCACAUUUUGUUCAGAAGCAACCUCAGAAUAAACAAAAGAGCGCCAGUCGGCCGUGGAAGAGAAAUGACUGGCACCAGAGGCGAGGCCGAGGCAGGAAGGAAAUGGAUGGUGCUGAGCGAGGAGGAGGAUGCUGCGGAGGGGACCCUGACUGGGGAGCACAGCCACAAAUUUAUCCCUGAGAAUCAUCUGAUCCCGACUGUUGUGCAACCAAGCUGGAAGGAACUGCACCAGGCGGCCCGGAAUGGGGACACGCACCUGGUCAAGCAGCUGUUGAAGCAAGGGGCGGACACAGAGAGCAGAGAUGAGAACGGCUGGACCCCCUUACACGCCGCCUCUUUGAACGGCAGCGCCGCGUUGGUGAAGUUUCUCCUCCAGCGUGGAGCGAUGGCCAACGCCAGCGAUGCUUCUGGCUACAUGCCUCUCCACUGCGCCGCUUGGAGCGGCCACAGCCAAGUGGCGGAGCUCCUCCUGCGCCGGGGUGCAGCAGUGGAGGCGCCGACCAACGGAGGCCUCACCGUGCUCCAUUUCGCAGCUGCCAACGGGCACACCCUGGUGGUUCAGCUCCUCUUGGGGCACGGAAUGGACCCGGCCAGCCUUGACCGCCGCCAGUGGUCGGCGCUGCAUUGGGCGACGGCCAACAACCGAUUGCAUAUUGUGGACCUGCUGACAUCGCAGGGCCUCAGCCCAGAUUUAGGAAGCAGAGGGAGUGUCACACCACUGCAUGUAGCAGCCGAGAGCGGAAGAACGGAAGCUCUGAAGCUCUUGCUUGCCAAAGGCGCCAGCGUGAAUGCUCAGGACAGCCUAGGGAGAACGCCGCUCUCCAUUGCUACUAACAACGGCCAUAAUGAGAUGGUGAAGCUUCUACUCCAGAGCCAAGCAGCUGUGAACCUGACUGACCGCUACGGCUGCACUGCCCUCCACAAAGCUGCGACCGAGGGUCACCUGCCAGUCGUCUCCUCCUUGGUCAGGGAAGGUGCUGCGAGAAUCGAUGGGAGGGACCACCUCAACCUGACUCCACUUCACCGGGCUGCCAGCCGCGGCCACGUCGCCGUCGCCAGCUUCCUCCUGGACGAGGGGGCAGACGUCGACGCCGCUGGCUGGCUGAGCAAAACCCCCUUGCACCUGGCUGCAGAGAAAGGGCACUUCCCUUUGAUGGAACUCUUGUUGGCAAAGGGGGCAAGCCUUUUCCGGAGGACUCAGUGGAAGGAGACAGCAAAGGAGCUGGUCUCAGAGAGGGCAAGUCCUGGAGGCAUCACUAGCCUGGAUGAGCCUGGGCCACCUCAGUCUCCCCCCUCCUGUAACUCUAUAGCCUCCUGACUCAGCCCUCCGCCUGGUCUGAUCACAUAUUAAACGCUUGUCUUUUUAGUAUUGUUAUUUAUGGUUUGAUGUACAGAGGUUCAGUUGUAACAUCAGUACUGCGGUACUGGUGGGUGGGUGUAUGAGAGCCAGUCGGGGACAGCAGUUAAAAUGUAAUGAUAAUAAUAAUUUAUUAUUUAUACCACACCCAUCUGGCUGGGUUUCCCUAGCCACUCUGGGCAGCUCCCAACAGAAUAUUAAAAAAACACAAUAAAACAUCAAACGUUAAAAACUUCCUUAAACAGGGCUGCCUUCAGAUGCCCUCUAAAAGUCAGAUAGUUGUUUAUUUCCUUGACAUCGGACGGGAGAGCGUUCCACAGGGCAGGUGCCACUACCAAGAAGGCCCUCUGCCUGGUUCCUUGUAACCUCGCAGUGAGGGAAACGCCACAAGGCCCUCGGAGUUGGAGGACCUCAGUGUCUGGGCUGAACGAUGGGGGGGGGUGGAGAUGCUCCUUCAGGUAUUGGGAAUCUGGGAGACUAGGGUUCAAAUCCCCCCCAAGGGCAUGAAACUCACUGGGUGACCUUGGGCCAGUCACCAGUCCAUCAACCUAACCUACCUCACAGGGUUGUUGUGAGGAUAACAUGGGGAGGAAGAGAAUUGUGUAGGCCUCCUAGAGUGUGAAUGUAAUAAAUGAGGCUUCCUCAACCUCAGCCCUCCAGAUGUUUUUGGCCUACAACUCCCAUGAUCCCUAGCUAGCAGGACCAGUGGUCAGGGAUGAUGGGAAUUGUAGUCUCAAAACAUCUGGAGGGCCGAGGUUGAGGAAGCCUGUAAUAGAUAA